AUGAAUGCUGAUACUUGUGUUUCUUAUUGUGAUCCGGCUGCCAUGGAUUCCUACUACAACGCAGCCUCCCAGGACACAGAAGGCUCCUCGCCUUUUAGGGCAUUUCAAGCAAGUGACAAGUUCAGCCCUACUUUCCUGGCCAGCAAAGGACAAGGCUUUGGUGACAGCAGCACUAAGUGCCGGAGCCGCUACAGCCAGCAGGAAUGUCAGUCCCUGGAUGGCAGUGUGCAGGCUGCCGGCUCUGCCGGGGCUCCGGCCUCCUUUAACAAAUACCCUCCGCAGCAACAGCCGCCGCACCUCUACAUGCAGCGAGGCCCUUGCAAAACCCCCCCGGACAGCAACAUCAAGCUGCAAGAGAGCAGCGGCCACAACGGAACUCUGCAGGUCUCCUGUUACGGUAAAGACAGUGCUUUGGGAGAGGCCGACUUGCAGCCGAGCUCUGACCCUUCGGGAAUGGAGAGCAGCUACCUCAGCGUGAAGGAGGCUGGGGUGAAAGUGCCCCAGGACAGGGCCAGCACAGACCUCCCCAGCCCCAUGGACAAGGCCGACUCGGAGAGCAACAAGGGCAAAAAGCGGAGGAACCGCACCACCUUCACCAGUUACCAGCUGGAGGAGCUGGAGAAGGUCUUCCAGAAAACCCACUAUCCUGAUGUCUAUGCCAGGGAGCAGCUAGCCAUGAGGACAGACCUCACCGAGGCUCGUGUACAGGUGUGGUUUCAGAACCGGAGAGCAAAAUGGCGCAAGAGGGAGCGGUUCGGUCAGAUGCAGCAGGUCCGGACCCACUUCUCCACUGCCUAUGAGCUGCCUCUGCUGACCCGUGCUGAGAACUACGCCCAGAUCCAGAACCCCUCCUGGAUUGGCAACAAUGGAGCUGCCUCUCCUGUGCCUGCCUGUGUUGUCCCCUGCGAGACGGUGCCCUCCUGCAUGUCCCCCCAUGCCCACCCCCACGCGGCCGGCAGUGUCUCCGAGUUCCUCGGUGUCUCCGGCCCUGGCAGCCACGUGGGACAGACUCACAUGGGUGGCCUCUUUGGCACGGCCGGGAUGAGUCCCAGCCUCAAUGGCUACGAGCUGAACAGCGAGCCGGACCGCAAGACCUCCAGCAUCGCUGCCCUGAGGAUGAAAGCAAAGGAGCACAGCGCCGCUAUCUCCUGGGCGACAUGACAGGGCUGCAGCCCAGUGCCCGUGACACGGAGAGAGCACAUAGGGACAGCUGAACAAAUCCAUCCGCUUGGACGCCAGACAGCAGUUGCCUCCUCGGGGAUCUGAAUGCAGCACUUUUAGCUACCCUAGGCAUAUAAAGUACAUAUGUUAAUGUAAGUGGAGUGUUUCCAGCAUGAACAUGGCAGCUCCUGGCUUCCUGGGAUCAGGCAGGGAGAGGGAGGCUGUGGAGCAGCACUUCUUCCAUCAAGAUCUGGGAUGAGAUGCAUCCCUCCUCACCACCACCUCCCCAGUAACCUGGGCAUUUUUUCUCCCUGCUAUUUUUUCUGACACCAGAUCUGCCUUUCCAAAGAGCAAGAGCCCACUGGCUUUUCAGCAGCUUCUCCCAUCCACCCAC